AGACUUAGUAUUGUAUUUUCGUCGGCACACCGAAGUAUCGCGAGAUUUACCAACAGGCUACGCUAGCUUCGUGUGACUAUCAUGUAACUGACAGCUAAGCCGUCAGGACGUUCUCAACGCUGUUGGUGAAUAGCCGCUGCUACGCUGACGGGAAGCAGCCACAGAAGGGGUCGGCAGUGGCGGAGGAGUGACAGUGUGGAGUUAGUCCUCUAGAUUUACUUCUAUUGACAGUGUCAACGCUUCCUAACAAAACCAGGAAGGGACGGGGUAAAGGGGGAGAAAUAGGGAAAGAUGGCGGCCGCGGCCUCGCCGGGCUCCGGCUCGUCCACCCCCUCGGACUGGAUUGUACGGAGAGACGGCUGCCUGCGUUGCGACGAGGAGGGCCUGCGAAGCCUCUCCUACCACCCGACCCUCAACGCUAUCCUCGCCGUCACCAGCCAAGGGGGCAUCAAAGUCAUCGACGGCACCUCCGGGGCCAUCCUCCAGGCUUCCACGCCGCACGUUAAACCCGGUGGCCGUGUCCACUGUCAGUACUUUCCUGCCGUGGAUAAGGUGCUUUUUGUUGACGACUAUGCAGUGGGAUGCAGGAAGGACCUGAAUGGCAUCCUGCUGUUGGACACAGCCCUCCAACCACCAGUUGCCAAACCUGAGGAUCUGGUUCAGAUGGAGCUUCCUGUUACUGAGGCCCAACAGUUGCUGUCAGCCUGUCAGGAGAAGAUAGACGUGUCCACCACAAAGGGCUACGAACUCUUUAUUGUACAGCUUAAAGAGGGCCUGAAAAAUACCUCACAUGAGACAGCAGCCAAUCACAAAGUGGCCAAGUGGGCAACGGUAACCUUCCAACUUCCUCACCACAUACUGAAGCUGGUUGCUAGUGCCAUUGUCAGUGAGCUGAAGAAGAUCAACCAGAACAUUGCUGCAUUGUCUGUGGCCUCAUCCAUCAUGGACAGACUCUCCUACCUCUUGUCAAGCGCCCGACCUGAACUCGGCGUGGGCCCUGGGCGCUCUGUAGAUAGAUCUUUAAUGUACAGUGAGGCCAACAGGAGGGAGACGUUUACAUCGUGGCCACAUGCUGGUUACCGGUGGGCUCAGCCUGAUCCAAUGGCCCAGGCAGGGUUUUACCACCAGCCUGCCUCAACAGGGGAUGACCGAGCCAUGUGUUUCACUUGCAGUGUGUGUCUGGUAUGUUGGGAACCUACAGAUGAGCCGUGGUCUGAACAUGAGCGACAUUCCCCCAACUGUCCGUUUGUAAAGGGAGAACAUACACAAAAUGUUCCUUUGUCAGUGACACUGGCAACUAGUCCUGCCCAGUAUCCCAACAGUCCUGACUGUUCGGACAAAAUAGCCUGCUACGGUUUUGGCAGCUGCCCGCAGUUUCUGGCUGUCGCAACAAAGAGGGGCAAGCUAUGUAUUUGGGAUGUCUCGAAAAUGAUGAAGGUACAUCUGAAGUUUGAUAUUAACCCGUAUGACCCAGCCAUCCUGAGGCAGCUGAUUCUGUGUGGUGGGGAGCACAGCCAGCAGACACUCGCCGAGUCUCGCCCACCAACUCUGGCCUGGCUGGAGGAAGCUUCCUCCUGCUCAGACCUGCCCAAGCUGGAAGGAGACAGUGAUGACCAGUUGGAGGACUCCGACAGUGAUGAACAUUCCCGGUCCGAGUCAAUAACUGGCCAAGCGUCUCAGUGGGAGAGCAUGGACGUGAGCCUCGGAGUGACAGCGCUCAGUGUACUUCAGCAACCAGAGGCGUUCCAGUGGGCGGUGGUGGCAAGUGUGCUGAAGGACACAGUCAAAGACUUGGAAGAACUGGGUGCCAAACCUUCAGUGAAUCGAGCCAAGGCCCACAACCAGGCCAAAGCAAAGGACAAGGUCCCGGAGCACCAUAACAUUCCUUUCCCCUGCUUGCUGGCUGGAGGCCUGCUCACCUACCGCUCAAUAUCUGGCAACUCCACGACUGGCCCGAAUGCCAUUGUCCCGUCUUCAGCUCGCAGGGUAUCAAAUAGUUCCUGUCGAACUCAGGGUCCUGACCCCUUCCAACACGGGCCUCUUCAGGACCAAGGUCCCAUGGAAAUAGACACUUGUAAUUCACAAACUGCUGCUCCGGAGCAAGGCUUCUCUAAUUUGGUAGGUUCUCACCCUCCAAGUUCCUCUUCUCUGUCGCCUGUGCACCGGACUAUACCUGUGCUGUUAUUGUACAGUAUCAGAGAGACUGAUGACAAGACAUCAGGGCAGGUGUUUGCUCAGAUGAACAACCUGAUGAGCAAGGGGCUCCAUGACGAGGGCUUUACUGUGCCACAGAUAAUAGAGAUGGAGUUUGACUCACAUGAGCAGCUUCUUCUCCAAGAUCCUCCGAUCACGUACAUUCAACAGUUUGCUGACGCAGCAACUAAUCUGGCAGGUUUUGACGGUCAGAUGGACAAAUGGAGCACAUUAGCUGCGGCAACUUCCUCUUCCCCGCCUCGACCCGGAGCGCUAGUGCAGUGCUUGAAGUUGCCCAAACAACUGGAAGAGGAGAAUCUUUGCGUGGACUCGAUAACGCAAUGCUUGGAUGGCGUCCAUCUUCUCAUCGUGCUGCAACCGUGCAAUGCUGAAUCUCUGAGUGCGACAAACCAAGUUGAAGCUCUGAACAAUCUCAACCGCCUGCACUCUGCCCUCUGCAGCCAGCAGAAAGGUGAGCCCCGACAUCCGGUAGCCAAUGGAGUUGAAGACAACCACCAAGAGAGUACACCACCUCAAUCAACACUCAUCCUACCUUCAGGGGAUCAUCAGCAGCAGCAGCAGCAGCAGCAAACAUGCCCGAGCGGAGGAGGCUAUCUUGUACUAUAUGAACUGAACUACUCUACCCGUAUUGUAACCUUGUAUGAGGAACCUGUUAAAGUGCAGCAGAUAAGUCAACCCUGUGACGCAAUUACCUCACUAAUAUUGCUUCCUCCAGAUUUGCUUGAUAGCCGGGAAGAUGAUAGUGAGGAGACUCCUGAGGAGACUCCCUCUGGUUCCAAAAAUGGCACAUCACAGUUUGGAACUGGCCUUACAGGCUCUGACGGUCCUUUGUCACGCAGCGCAUGUGCUGCAGCUGCAAGCACUACCGUUGGCUCAGGCCUUAAAGAGUCCAAAACACCAGAGAUAGAUGGUGUUGGCCACAUGGUGGUCACCACACAGGCUGGGAAUAUUAUGAUCCUGGACUUGUCCUCGUUGGAAGUUCUAACUAAGGUGGAACCACCAAAAAAAGAAGGUUCAUUGGAAGAGGUUGACCCCUUUGUCUCUGUUACUUAUUGCUCUGGGACUGACCGCCUUUGUGCCUGCACUAAAGGUGGAGAACUUCAUUUCCUUCAAAUUGGAGGUGCGUGUGAUGAUCUCGAUGAUGGCGACAUGUUCAUUGAUGGCCCCAUUUCUAAAGGGGCUGAACUGUUGCUGGAGGGGACCAGGCCUUCUUCCAAUCCUUCAAGCCCCGGGAUAACAGGAGUAGACCUCCUGGUGGACCAGCCGUUGACCACAGAAAGCUUGACGUCCCUGGUGGAGUUGACACGCUUUGAAACGUUGACGCCCCGCUUCUCAGCCACGGUCCCGCCAUGCUGGGUGGAAGUACAGCAGGAGCAGCAGCAGCGACGCCACCCGCAGCACCUUCACCAGCAGCACCAUGGAGAUGCAGCCCAGCACACUCGCACCUGGAAGCUUCAGAGUGAUAGUUCCAGCUGGGAUGAGCAUGUCUUUGAACUGGUGCUGCCCAAGGCCUGCAUGGUGGGCCAUGUGGACUUCAAGUUUGUCCUAAAUGCCAACAUUGUCAACAUUCCUCAGAUCCAGAUCACUUUAUUGAAGAAUAAAGCCCCUGGCCUGGGCAAAGUUCAUGAAACAGCAGUAGACAGACAGAUCACAUUCCCCCUGUCCAAUGUCCUCCAUGCCAACGGGGAGAAGAAUGGUCGGCCUUCCAUGCAGGACUUUGCCGAGGACAUCCAAUUUAUGGAUACUGAGGAAGCUUCAGGCUCCAUGUUGUGUCUAUUUUUGGAAGAGCACAAGGAGGACAUCCUGUGUGGACCAGUGUGGCUUGCCAGUGGGCUGGACCUCUCUGGUCAUAGAGGCAUGCUAAGCCUCACCAGCCCAAAGUUGGUCAAAGGUAUGUCGGGUGGAAAGUACCGCUCCUUCCUGGUUCACAUCAAGGCAGUGAGUGACAAGAACAUGGAAGACAACCCCAGACCCAUGGUGAGAAUGCCCAGUGCCAAGCCGCAGUGCUCCAAAUCUCAUUCACUGUCCACUCUGCUGCAAAGGGCUCAGGCCUCCAAGGAAAAGGCAUCUGUCAUUAAAGCAGAAACCCAAGCAUCAUCCAAAAAAGUUGAAAAUCUACAUGGCUGCGAUCUGCUGCAGGAAGUGUCCGUCACAAUCAGGAAGUUCAAGAAGACGUCUGUUCCUAAAGAGAGGGUGCAGCGUUGUGCAAUGCUGCAAUUCCCAGACUUCCACGAGAAGCUGCUCGAUGCGCUGUGUCAACGGAUAGAGGGUGGCCUCUCCUCAGAACACGCUCAAGGCCUCAUCCUGGACAUUCUGUGCUGGCUGGCAGGUGUUUUUUCUAAUGGCCCCUGCAGCUUACAUGAAGGAAAGGAAGGGCUGCUGCUCAAAACCAGGGUGAGGCUGAUGGAGAUUGUUGCAGUGUGUUUCUUUGAGGCUGGGAGGAGCAUAGCACACAAGUGUUCCCGCUUUCUUGCACUUUGCAUCAGCAAUGGAAAAGGAGAUCUGAGUCAACACGGUUUUGGCACAAGCCUUCUGAAGGCCCUGCUGGAAAAUAUGUGUGACUUGCCUGCUGCAGCAACGGGGGGCUCGGUUUACUGGUACUUUGUGUUGCUGAACUAUGUUAAGGAAGAGGACCUGGCAGCUUGCAGCACCGCCUGCGCUUCCUUACUCACGGCAGUCUCCAGACAGUUACAAGAUCGACUUACACCAAUGGAGGCACUGCUGCAGACCAGGUAUGGACUGUACAGCUCCCCUUUUGAUCCGGUGCUCUUUGACCUUGAGGUGAGCGGUUCCUCUUGUAAGAACGCCUUCAACAGCAGCAUUGGGGUCCAGUCGGAUGAGAUUGACCUGUCUGACAUUCUCUCAGGGAAUGGUAAAGUAAGCAGCUGUGCGGCAGCAGAGGGAAGCUUUACAGCAUUAACGGGACUCUUGGAGGUGGAGCCUUUGCACUUUACUUGUAUCUCCACUAGUGAUGGCACACGAGUGGAGCGCGACGAUGCAAGCAUGUUCACUGUGAGUACCUUCGGUGUACCCCCAGCAGUCGGCGCCCUGUCAACGGGAGCGGUUGGCGAAGCGUCAACAGCUCUCAGUUCUGCAGCCCAAGUGGCACUGCAAUCUCUGUCCCACGCUAUGGUGUCAGCAGAACAACAGUUGCAGGUCCUCCAGGAGAAGCAGCAACAGCUGCUUAAGCUGCAGCAACAGAAGGCAAAGCUGGAAGCCAAGCUGCAUCAGACCACAUCUGCAGCUGCUGCUGCCACCUCUGGCGUGGGACCCAUCCACAACUCAGUGCCUUCCAACCCGUCCUCUGCGCCGGGUUUCUUCAUCCAUCCUUCUGACGUCAUCCCUCCAACACCUAAAACUACGCCCCUCUUCAUGACCCCGCCCCUUACGCCGCCAAAUGAAGCUGUAUCCGCAGCCUUCAGUGCUGAGCUGGCUCACCUCUUCCCUGGCUCCAUGAUGGACCCUGGACCUGUUAACCUGGCAGCGCACAAAAACACCCAAAAAGCCAAACUGAGCCCAAUGGGCAGCGGUCUGGCUUUAGCCAUUUCUCAGGCAUCGCACUUCCUGCAGCCUCCCCCACAUCAGUCUAUCAUCAUCGAGAGGAUGCAUUCUGGAGCUCGUCGCUUUGUGACGCUGGACUUUGGCCGACCCGUCCUGCUGACUGAUGCGCUGAUCCCAACCUGCAGCGACCUGGCCUCUCUGUCUAUAGAUAUUUGGACGCUGGAUGAGGAGGUGGAUGGACGCAGACUGGUGGUGGCCACUGACAUCAGCACCCACUCGCUCAUUCUGCAUGACCUGCUGCCUCCGCCCACCUGCAGGUUCAUGAAGAUCACUGUGAUUGGACGCUAUGGCAGUACAAAUGCCCGGGCAAAGGUUCCAUUGGGCUUUUACUACGGCCAUACCUAUAUUCUACCCUGGGAGAAUGAGCUUAAAUUGAUUCACGAUCUCAUACGGGGAGAUCAUGAAUCUGCUCGUCAGCCCGAUGUGGAUCAGCACUUGACCAUGAUGAUUGCAUUACAGGAAGACAUCCAGUGCAGGUACAAUCUGGCUUGUCAUCGCUUGGAGACACUCCUGCAGAAUAUCGACCUGCCACCUCUCAAUAGCGCCAACAACGCCCAGUACUUCUUACGCAAACCAGACAAGGUGGUAGAGGAGGACCAACGUGUUUUUUCAGCCUACCAAGAUUGCACCCAACUUCAGCUGCAGCUCAACCUGGCUCACCAUGCCGUCCAGCGACUGCGCGUGUCACUCGGUGCCAGUCGAAAGUCUUUCCCCACCACCAAGUCUCAGGAAGCGCCAGACCUGGUCCACAACUCCUCCACAGAGCAGCUGAGAACCAUCAUCCGCUACCUUCUGGACACGCUGCUUAGCCUGCUGCACUCUAACAAUGGCCACUCGGUGCCGUCGGUGCUCCAGAACACCUUCCAUGCGCAGGCUUGUGAGGAACUCUUCAAACACCUUUGCCUCAGUGGGACACCAAAAAUCCGUCUUCAUGCUGGCCUGCUGUUGGUGCAGCUGUGUGGGGGCGAACGCUGGUGGGGACAGUUCCUGUCUAAUGUACUGCAGGAGCUCUACAACUCUGAACAACUGCUCAUCUUCCCCCAGGACAGAGUGUUCAUGCUGCUAUCCUGCCUUGGCCAAAGAUCACUGAGCAACAGUGGCGUGUUGGAGGGUCUCCUGAACCUCCUGGACAGUCUGUUGUCUCCGCUGCAGCAACCGCAAGCUGCUGCACUACACAGGACUGAAGGUGUUCUGGAUAUCCCAAUGAUCAGCUGGGUGGUAAUGCUCGUUUCCAGACUUUUGGACUACGUGACAAGUUCAGAAGAUGAAGCUUCAGGUGGGAAGAAACAUCUUGGAGGCAAAGAGAGAGAAAGAUCUUCUACAGGAAUUCAGUGGAGCUUUAUAAACAACAGCCUUCAGUCUCAGAACAGCAGCAGGGUAGCUAAAGGCAGUUGCAGCAGCCUUGACAGACUUUACUCCCGCAAGAUUCGCAAGCAACUGGUCCACCACAAGCAGCAGUUAAAUCUAUUGAAAGCCAAACAAAAAGCUUUAGUGGAGCAAAUUGAGAAAGAGAAGAUCCAAAGCAACAAAGGUUCCUCCUACAAACUACUUGUGGAGCAGGCAAAGCUCAAGCAAGCUACAUCCAAGCACUUUAAAGACCUAAUCCGUCUCCGGCGGACGGCUGAAUGGCCCCGCUCUACGUUGGACACGGAGUCUGCAACAGCCAAAGAAACACCAGAGGUUGAGCCGCUGCCUUUUACAUUGUCCCACGAGCGCUGCAUCUCUGUGGUGCAGAAGCUAGCCCUGUUUCUCCUGUCCAUGGACUUUACCUGUCACGCAGACCUUUUGCUGUUUGUCUGCAAGGUCCUUGCAAGGAUAGCUAACGCCACCAGACCUACAAUCCACCUGUCUGAGGUGGUGUCUGAGCAGCAGUUGGAGCGCCUACUUCUCCUGCUAGUAGGAACAGACUUCAAUCGGGGAGAUAUCUCCUGGGGGGGUGCCUGGGCUCAGUAUUCCCUCACCUGCAUGCUACAGGACAUCCUGGCAGGUGAACUGCUGACUCCAGGUUCUCUUGACGUUAUGGAUGAAGUUUCUGUUGCCGAGGAGGCCGGAGCAUCGUCCUCGUCGGUCGGUGUCGAUACAGAUGACCCCUUGCCUCAGCCAACACAGAUCCCCUUAGUGGAGAGCAUUGACGAGGCCCUGGUGCCCGACAUCAUUGCAGGGCCUCCACCUCUGUCAUCUUUGGAAAAAGAUAAAGACAUAGACUUUGACUUGCUACAAGACCUGAUGGAUGUUGAUAUUGAUCCUUUAGAUAUUGAUUUGGAAAAGGAUCCACUUGCUGCUAAAGUGUUCAAGCCUAUAAGCAGCACCUGGUACGACUACUGGGGUUCUGAUUAUGGCACAUAUGGGUACACUCCAUAUAUUGGAGGGGUUGGUAUUCCAGUCUCCAAACCACCCGUUGCAGUUGAGAAGCCUGGGUCACAAAGUCUUACAGUUUCAGUUUCCCAAGCACUGGAUGCUCGUCUCGAGGUGGGCUUGGAGCAGCAGGCUGAAUUGAUGCUGAAAAUGAUGGCAACAUUCCAAGCCGAUUCCAUCCUACAGGCGCUUACGUCAGGCUCAUCCGCAGCCUGCCAGACCAACAAUGGCACAGACGACUCUCUUUUGAGGGCUCUCCAUGGCAGUGCAUCUCCUCCUGGCAGCACCCUCAUAGUCCAACCCUCUUCCAUUCCCAUGCUGAGUGCUUGCUUUAACAAACUCUUCUCCAUGCUGCAAGUCCACCAUGUUCAGUUGGAGUCCCUCCUGCAGUUGUGGAUUACGCUCAGUCUCAACACAAGCUCAAGUGGCAGUGAAGAUAAUGGAUCUGACAUCUUCUUGUUUAAUUCAAGCCGAGUACCCACCAUUCCACUUAACCAAGCAUCCAUUAGCAGUUUCCUCUCUGUGCUGGCGUGGUACCCAAACACCUCUCUGAGAACAUGGUGCCUGGUGCUUCAUUCAUUGACCCUUAUGACCAACAUGCCCUGCCAUGCCUCCAGUAAUGGGAUGAGUUCACCAGAAAGCACUGCGCAACAGAUGGUGUCCGAUCUGACGCUGGUCCAUGUCCUGGUGCGCUUCCUGUCGGGCAGCAACACCAGUGGAACUAACCAGCACAGCUCUCAGGUGGGACCCACUGCCACUCAAGCUUUGCACGAGUUUCUGAGUCGCUUGCAGGUGCACCUUUCUUCCACCUGUCCACAAAUGUUCAGCGAGUUCCUCCUAAAACUUCUGCACAUCCUGUCCACUGAAAGGGGUCCGUUCCAGUCGGGUCAAGGUCCUCUGGAUGCACAGGUAAAGCUGUUGGAGUUUACAUUGGAGCAGAACUUCGAGGUGGUCUCUGUGGCCACGAUCUCCUCAGUCAUCGAGUCCAUCACGUUCCUGGUUCACCACUACAUCACUUGCGCCGACAAAGUGGUCUCACGCAGCGGCUCGGACAGCUCUGUGGGAGCUCGAGCCUGCUUUGGAGGCCUUUUUGCCAACAUCAUUCGACCUGGAGAUGCAAAAGCCGUCUGCGGUGAAACCACACGCGAUCAGCUGAUGUUCGACCUCCUUAAGUUGGUCAACGUGCUGGUGCAGUUUCCUCUGUCAGGGGACAGAGAAUUCAGUGGUCGGCUAUCGACGGCUUGCAGCGGAGCAGCCGAUAGCAGUGUGUCAGAUGAAGAGAAAGUCUGUGGCAGCAAAGAAAGCGUAGCCGGAGGAUCAUCUUCUAGUCAGGGACCGUCUGCUGGAGUGGCUGAUCUGGUCCUCGCUAAUCAGCAGAUAAUGAGUCAGAUCUUGUCUGCCCUCGGUCAAUGCAACAGCAGUGCCAUGGCCAUGAUUAUAGGAGCCAGUGGUCUUCACCUAACAAAACAUGAAAACUUUCACGGGGGUCUGGAUGCCAUUUCGGUGGGUGAUGGCCUCUUCACCAUCCUCACUACCCUUAGCAAGAAAGCCACCUCUGUGCAAGUCAUGUUGCAGCCCAUCCUCACAUACAUGGCCUGUGGAUACAUGGGUCGACAGGGGUCUCUUUCCACUUGUCAGCUGUCUGAGCCUCUUUUGUGGUUCAUUCUCCGGGUGCUGGAUACGAGUGAGGCUCUCAAAGCAUUCCAUGACAUGGGUGGUGUGCAGCUGAUUUGUAACAACAUGGUGACCAGCACUCGGGCAAUUGUGAACACAGCGCGCAGCAUGGUGUCCACCAUCAUGAAGUUCUUAGAUUCUGGUCCUGGAAAGGCGUCAGACGGCAACCUCAAAGGCCGAAUGAUGACAUCCGAGCCGGACAACGCAGAGGGACUCCACAACUUUGCCCCAUUAGGUACAAUAACAUCCAGCAGCCCCACAGCUCAACCAGCAGAAGUCCUCCUUCAAGCGACGCCGCCUCACCGCCGGGCUCGUUCUGCAGCCUGGUCCUACAUCUUCCUUCCAGAGGAGGCUUGGUGUGACCUCACCAUUCAUCUCCCUGCUGCCGUGCUGCUGAAGGAGCUACACAUUCAGCCACAUCUUGCUUCUCUUGCUACCUGCCCGUCCUCGGUCUCUGUUGAGAUCAGCGCUGACGGAGUUAACAUGUUGCCGCUCUCCACACCGGUCAUCACCAGCGGCCUUACGUACAUCAAGAUCCAGCUGGUCAAGGCGGAAGUUGCAUCAGCUGUAUGUUUAAGGCUUCACCGGCCACGCGAUGCCAGCACCCUUGGCCUGUCACAAAUCAAACUCUUGGGUCUGACAGCAUUUGGCAACACUUCUUCUGCAACAGUCAACAAUCCCUUCUUGCCCUCUGAGGACCAAGUCUCUAAAACCAGCAUCGGAUGGUUGCGUCUCCUUCAUCAUUGCCUGACCCACGUCAGUGACCUGGAGCCCAUGAUGGCCAGUGCAGCCGCACCUACUGCUAACCUGCUUCAGACCUGUGCCGCGCUGCUCAUGUCACCUUACUGCGGCAUGCACUCACCCAACAUCGAAGCCGUUUUAGUCAAGAUCGGCCUGCAGUCUACACGUAUUGGUCUUAAACUCAUCGACAUUCUCUUGAGGAACUGUGCUGCCACUGGCACCGACCCUUCCAACUUGAACAGUCCUCUGUUGUUUGGUCGACUAAAUGGCCUGUCUUCAGACUCCACCAUAGACAUUCUGUACCAGUUGGGCACCACUCAGGACUCAGGAACCAAGGACAGAAUCCAGGCUCUCCUGCAGUGGGUCCACGACUCUUCACGGGUUGCAGCUCUGAAAAUCCCGAUGGGCUACUCCAGCACCAGCCGUGCUUCUUCUUCUGCUUCCUUAAGGGAGUAUGGCCUCCUCAUGCCCUCACCGUCCCAUCUGCACUGCGUUGCAGCCAUCUUGUGGCACAGCUACGAGCUGCCUGUUGACUACGACCUUCCUACGCUGCUCGACACAGAACUUUUUGAACUGCUGUACAACUGGUCCAUGUCUUUGCCGUGCAACAUUGUGCUGAAAAAGGCUGUGGAUAGCCUCCUGUGUUCCAUGUGUCACAUCCAUCCUCGCUACUUCUCCCUGCUUAUGUCCUGGAUGGGUAUCGUAUCGACACCCAGCGCCAGUCACUCUCACGUCCAGCAGCGCCGACUCGCCAUGACUGAUGAUGGCAAAAAGCAGCACAACGCCGCCGCCACCACUAGCGGACUGACAGACGACUCGAAGCAUGCGAGGCCGCCAGUUAAUUUGUCCGAGUCUCAGUUGACUACAUUGGCAGCGGCCUCUCAGUCUCCUGGAGCGAUCGAGCAGCUGCUGGACUCGGGCUUGCCUUCGUUGCUGGUUCGCAGCCUCGCCCAGUUCUGUGUUGGCCUCCUAGCCAAUGCCGACCUCCCCCUUCCCACUGCUGUGUCUGAUAGGCGCCAUCACCAGUACCAGCCGGGCUCCUCGUCUGCUCAUGGCCGCCCAGUGCUUGUCGCAGAGCUUGCAGCUCCAGUGCUGCACUUCCUCACGGAGGUGGGCAACAGUCAUGCCAUGAAGGACUGGCUAGGAGGACCAGAGGUCAACCCUCUAUGGACGGCACUGCUCUUUCUGCUGUGCCACUCCAGUGCUAGCGGAAACUCAGGGUGUCAGCCAAUGGGGUCGACCUCUGCCACAUCCCCAUCCCAACCCUCAGGCUCACGCUUUUCCCUAGCGUCUUCUGGUCUCACUGGAGGACUCUCCACCCAGCAAAGAACAGUUUUGGAGAACUCCACAGUGGCUUUCUUUCUUCAGUGCAUCUCUUGUCACCCUAACAACCAGCGACUCAUGGCACAGGUUCUUUGUGAGCUCUUCCAGUCGGCACCACAGCGAGGUAACGUUCCUAUCUCUGGAAACAUCUCCGGCUUCAUACGAAGGUUGUUCCUGCAGCUCAUGCUGGAGGAUGAGAAAGUCACGGUGUUCCUGCAGUCUCCUUGCCCGUUAUACAAAGGACGCAUCAACGCUACCAGCCACAUGAUCCAACAUCCCAUGUAUGGAGCAGGCCACAAGUACCGCACGCUCCAUUUACCUAUCUCCACCACUCUGGCUGAAGUCCUGGACCGUGUGUCUGACACACCCAGCAUUACUGCCAAGCUGAUCAGUGAACAGAAGGAGGACAAGGAGAAGAAGAAUCAUGAGGAGAAGGAGAAGAUGAAAGCGGACAGUGGCUUCCAGGACAACUACAGUGUGGUUGUGGCCUCAGGUUUGAAGUCCCAGUCCAAGCGAGCUCUAUCAACCCCUCCUCGACCUCCAUCAAGAAGGGGUCGAGUGAUGAGCGACAAGUUGACGACUUCAUCGGUGGACCCAUCUGCCAAAACCAUCAGUGUGCCUGUUUUCCACCUCUACCACAAGCUACUUCCAGGUCAACCCCUGCCCCCUGAGAUGACUCUGGCCCAGCUACUAACUCUACUGUAUGACCGCAAGAUGCCGCAGGGCUAUCAGUCAAUCAACCUCACAGUUAGACUGGGCUCCAAGCUCAUUUCUGACCCUGGCCUUUCCAAAACCGACUCCUUCAAGCGCUUGCGCACAGAAAAAGUUGAUCAUUCUGACAUGCUGAACAGCUGCACAGAAGACGAGCCCAUGUUACCAUGUGACGAAUGUCUUGAUGCCUCAACUGAUGAGACGCUACUCGAGACACACCCCAUCCAAUCACCACUUCAGGUGUUUGCCGGAAUGGGCGGCCUGGCUCUGAUUGCAGAGAGGCUGCCUAUGCUCUAUCCUGAUGUCAUUCAGCAGGUCAGUGCCCCAGUUGUGCCACCUGCAACGCAGGAAAAGCCGAAGGACACGGAUCAGUUUGAGUGGGUCACCAUUGAGCAGUCUGGAGAGCUAGUGUACGAGGCGCCCGAGUCCAUCGCCACUGAGCCGCCACCCAUCAACAAGCAGCAGUCGCAAACUUCAUCUUCAUCGUCCUCCUCGGUGCAAACAAUGUCACCGAUCCCCGCGCAUUCCUUGGCAGCGUUCGGCCUGUUUCUGCGCCUUCCAGGCUACGCCGAAGUGCUGCUGAAGGAGAGGAAACAUGCUCAGUGUCUGCUACGCCUGGUACUUGGUGUCACGGAUGAUGGCGAGGGCAGUCAUAUCCUGCAAUCUCCGUCAGCCAAUGUGUUGCCUACGCUGCCCUUUCACGUCCUGCGAGCUCUGUUCAGCAGUACUCCUCUGACCACUGAUGAUGGUGUGCUGCUACGUCGCAUGGCUCUGGAGAUUGGUGCCAUACACCUUAUUUUGGCCUGCUUAUCAGCUCUCAGCCACCAUGCCCCCCGAAACCCCAAUGCAAACAGCAAUGUCUCCGAGCCACAGAUGUCAAGCUGUCAUGGCGGAGGGACAAGCGAGGAGCAGCAGCUGUACUGGGCUAAAGGAACUGGUUUUGGCACUGGAUCCACAGCUUCAGGAUGGGAUGUUGAGCAGGCUCUUACCAAACAGAGGCUUGAAGAAGAGCAUGUCACGUGUCUCCUACAAGUCUUGGCCAGCUACAUUAAUCCAGCAGGUUCCAGUAGCUUCCACAGUUCUGCUGCAUCUUCAUCAGAGAGCAGAACCCACAACAGCUCAGCACUUCCAGCAGUGCUGCAGGAGUUACUGAGCCAGUCCUGUCUUAUCCCUGCUAUGUCUUCCUACCUACGUAACGACUCUGUUCUGGACAUGGCACGUCAUGUGCCUCUGUACCGGGCGCUGCUGGAGCUGCUGAGGGCCAUAUCAACCUGCACAUCUCUCGUGCCGCUCUUACUGCCGCUGUCUGGUGACCGAGGGCAGGAGGAGGAAGAGGAUGACGAAGAGAACUCUGAGGGACAGACUUCGGUUGGGAUGCUGCUGGCCAAGAUGAAGACAUGCGUGGACACAUACACAAACCGCCUCAGGUCAAAGAAGGAUAAGAGCAAAGGUGUUGUAAAGACAGAUAGCUCGGAUCCAGAGCCUGAGGGCCUGACCCUGCUGGUGCCAGACAUCCAGAGGACAGCUGAGAUAGUCCAUGCCGCUACCACGAGCCUGCGGCAAGCAAACCAAGAGAAGAAACUUGUAGAAUCUUCAAGGAAGGUGUCCAGCAGACCCAAGCCCCUUUCUAUCCUGCGCUCUCUUGAAGAAAAGUUUGUUGCUGCCAUGAAGAAGCUACAAUUUGACACGUUUGAAAUGGUGUCGGAGGAUGAGGACGGGAAGUUGAUGUUUAAGGUCAACUACCAUUACAUGUCUCAGGUGAAGAAUGCCAACGAUACAAACAGCGCGUCCAGAUCUCGCCGUCUUGCCCAGGAGGCCGUCACCCUUUCCACCUCUUUGCCUCUGUCGUCCUCAUCGAGCGUUUUUGUCCGCUGUGAUGAGGAGAGGUUGGACAUCAUGAAGGUUCUCAUCACCGGCCCAGCUGAUACGCCAUACGCCAAUGGCUGCUUUGAAUUUGAUGUAUAUUUUCCACAAGACUAUCCCAAUUCUCCUCCAUUGGUGAACCUGGAAACGACCGGUGGACACAGCGUUCGCUUUAACCCUAACCUCUACAAUGAUGGCAAAGUAUGCUUAAGUAUACUCAACACGUGGCAUGGAAGACCGGAGGAGAAGUGGAAUCCACAAACCUCAAGCUUUCUACAGGUGCUAGUGUCAGUUCAGUCCCUUAUCUUGGUGGCCGAGCCCUACUUCAAUGAGCCAGGAUAUGAGCGCUCACGUGGGACACCCAGUGGCACCCAGAGCUCACGAGAAUACGAUGGCAACAUACGGCAGGCAAGCGUGAAAUGGGCCAUGCUGGAACAGAUGCGCAACCCGUCACCGUGCUUCAAAGAGGUUAUCCACAAACAUUUUUUCCUAAAGAGAACAGAGAUCAUGUCGCAGUGUGAAGAAUGGAUCGCUGACAUUCAGCAGUACAGCAGUGACAAGCGAGUAGGCCGCACCAUGUCUCAUCAUGCUGCAGCACUAAAGCGACACACGGCUCAGCUGAGGGAGGAACUACUGAAGCUGCCUUGCCCGGAGGGCCUGGAAGCAGACGGCGACGAGUUGUCGGAGAAGAGCGCCGCUCUCGUCCUCAAAGACACGCCCAGCCAGGAUUUGGAGAAGCCGAGUGGCAGUCAGGACGACCUCGGCACCGAAGGCCCGCUAUGAGUCCUCGGUCUUCCUCAUCCUCUCACUAUAGACUGGAGGCUGCCAGCACAAAGCGGCAGUUUGUCAAUAUUUGUAUGUAAAAAUAGUCAAAUAGCAGAAAGCCACGAGCGGAACGAUGCUAUGCCCUUAAGACUUUUAUUUACCUUUAAAAAGCUUGUAAACAUUUUGUGCUUUUCUUGAUGACGUAACCACUGAUUGAUAUCUUAUUCAACGUCUUUAUGUCUACAGAAAAUGAAUAAGGGAAGCCUUUAGAAUGUUUACCAAAUUUUAUUUGAUUUUUUUUUUGUCCCUUUCUUUAUGACUGUUAGCGCGACAGUGUUUCAACUCAUUGCAAGUGAAAAAUAAGGAAAUCAAAUUAGCGCUUUCCAGAAUCGACCACAAGAAAACAACCAAUCACCUUCUGUUGCUUCAUUCGAUAUCUCCGAGAUCAUAUCCACGUCGUCAUCGUCUCCUCCGCUCUGGGGUGAUGUCGGCGACUGUCCGCCCGCGGCACGCAAGGGCUGGUGCAUGUUGUACGUGUGUGUGUCUCGUGUGCGUGUGCAACAAUCCCCCAGUGAGAUACAAAGCUGUGAUGUGCCUUUGAUUGACAACAUACCACCAAAUACUCCAGUACACACUUGUACCUUGACUCAAUUCUUUGCUGUUUUUACAGGAUGAUUCUGAAUUGUGCGCCGCCUGACAUAUGAAACUGCUUGGAUCUUUUUUCUAUUAAGUUGAACUUCAGUGAACAAAAAGAUGCACUUUCUAUUUUAAUCACUCCCUUGAACAGCCGCUUACUCCUUUUGCUAGGACAUUAAAAUGCUUGAAAAUA